AUGCUGGAUUCAGAAUCUGUGUUGGAGCUGCGUCGCCCCUCCGUAUCCGAUGGGAGUGAAUCGCCGGGUGGUUUGCCUGGACUGUCGCGUCCGUCUUCGGCGGCGAAGUUGGAGACGGCUUCGCUUGACGCGUGCCGCGUCUCUUCGCCCCAUAGCACGCAUGCCUCCCCGCCGUCUGAAUUGAGCAAUCGGGAACCUAAAAUGUGCGCAUACGCGCUCUCCGAUUCGCCUGACAAGGCGCGAACGGCGAAAUCGCAGCGCACACACAGCGCGGGAUUCUCCGCCAACGAGGAAUCCUCAGCUGCAAGCUCCAUCGGGCGCAGCAUGUCAGAUGGGGAAUUAGUCUCCACCGAGACGGCUGAGGAUGAGACAAACGGUGAAAAGGUCAAGAUCGACCCGGCCCAAAUGCCAGGGGCGCCCCGUCGCGGGGUUGCCGAUGUUCGUAGUGGUCCGGCUGCAUCGACUUUGCCUGGUUUAUUGCCAGCACGUUACGGCAUGUCAAAAAUGAGUACCACCGCUUGCAGCCUAACUCCGGAAGAAGCCUUGAAGAUGUUAUCGGAAUGUGAUCGCAGCGCUGCACCCUCCGCAGCAAGCGACAGUAGGGGUGCUGGCCAUGGUGACAGCAAUCACGCUCAUACAACAGGAGCGACACAAAACAGACCAAAAGAAGUGAAACGUGCGUCGCAUAGUGUCAAGGGGAAGUUUGACGACGAUUUACUGAAUUUCUUGCGAUCACCAACAAUCCAGUCUCUGCAAGUCUCGAGGGCGUACUCCGUCGAUGAUGUAACCGGGCUAAAUCCACGUGUCAACCGUUCUCGUGUCGGAUCGAUUGCUGCAUCAUCAUCCGGAGUAGAAACGUUAAUUUCGGAUCAUGAGGUACCGCUUAAUCAUUCGCCGCACAUUCCGUCACAAUCGCAAUCAAGUCUGCUUGCUGCGGAUGCCACUUCCGCAGCAAAACGCGUUAAACCCUUUCGUCAUGUGAUUAAACAACCAGAUUACGCCUCACAUUUCGCGGAGGACCAUGAUGUUUUUACGCAAUUGCGCAAAGUGUUCACCGAUGCCAAAUCACCGGAUUCCGAUUUCCCAUCAAGCUCUGCAGAGCGUGCGACCGGCGGUUCGUCUGACGAUUUACACGCCGUAUCACCGCUAAUGGAGUGGUUCCCAGAGGAACCGUCACCACCCAUCACACCUUCGGACCCAACGGCUUGCAAUGACGAUAAUAUUUCACUUUUCAAGGAUUGUGCUGGCGUCACCGAGUACGACGAGUUCAGCGACCCGUUUUUUGUUACCGACAUCCCCGACGGUAGGAACGACAUAAACAACAGGAUAAGGCUGCUCCGCCGAGUGCACGAAUCCCUAUACACCACGUCGGAGAUGGCUAGUCUCGGCACCAUCGAGAAAUUUAUGCUAGAGCUAAUGCAGCCGGAUAGUGACUUUGGCAAAUUGACCGCGUACGGUCGUUUGUUGGCAUUUAUAAAUUUGUCUGCGCUGCGCCGCUACAUGUCGCAGCUCUCCGCACUGUAUCGCCAUCCCGAGAUGGCUGUCAUCCGCCAGGUCAUGCGCUACAACGAUGAGGGCGCCAUAAAGAAGGUCAUUAACAUCUCCGAAUCCGUCGCAAGCGGCCAAAUGAACGACAAGGCUGGUUUGGCUGCUAUAGCUGAACUCAUGGCACAUCUUGAUCGCAGCAAAUUCAGCGGUUCCGACUGGGAUCCAAGUUACGGUAAAGCCUUCAAUUACUCCUCAAAUUUCACAUCCGGUAAGGGCGGCAGUGGCACCAGUUCGAGUUCGAUUAACAUGCAAACAAGCCGCCAGUUGUUAGCCGUGCUUGAUGAUUUAUCGGGGUUGUACUUGCCUGGUGGCGAGCCGCACUUUCCGCGGUACGUCUGCGGGGGCGUGGAUCGUAGAUGCGUCGAUGUUUCGGAUACGCUGAGCAUCCCCUUUGACAAAGGCGAUCGCCGCAGCCUGCACGUUCAAUUCGAGCGUCUCAAUCGGUCGUACACUGGCUACUGGCCGGGAACAACCUUCAUUCCACAAACCAUAACUGAGGGUAUGCGCAUCCAGGUACUGCCAACUAAACAGCAAGCGGUGAUGCAUUGGAUUUUGGGAAGGGUGACUUCAAUUUCGUCUGGUGUGCUUAUGGUGGCAAUUGACUCAACAUCUGCCAAGGAGGCUGGUCGCGGGUCGUCAACUGAUCGCAUGUACAUGAUGCGCAAUUUCGUACCGCCAAACGUCCCAACAUCUCGCCUAGAGAAAGCACAGUGGCGACUGUUGCCACGCGAGUUUGAUCCAGAGCGUGACAUUUACGUCGGUUCAUGCCUCAGCGUGUUUGACCCUAUCCUUGGCGGCUACACCGACCGUGUAAUUGUCAACGUGCUAUUUGGCGAUAGUUAUGAGCGCGGUAUUGCACCUGUGAAAUCACCGAAUGACGACACUUUGUUCGGGAAAUCGACCUGUCCUCUGCAGCCCAGCAGUCAGAGCAACGCUGCUCAUGCUCACUCAACUGCGGAAGGUUCGGCGCCUGCUACACUCACAAAGCAGGCUAGUUCCGAAAUAUCACUAGCGGAGGAAGGUGCCACUGUAGUUCCCGAGGGCGCACCGGUGGAUGGCACUGUGAACCCCACCACGGUUCAGGAUGAUAAUACGUCACGCGUAAACACCGCUUCACUGCCAGACGAUGCUAGAGAAAACAUGUUAGCCAAAGUCCACGUUGAUUAUGCUAGCGGUACCGGAGAAGAACACAAUAGAGAGUUGAAUGUAGGACAACGACAAAACGAGGAUAAAAUUGAGUCAUCAUCGGCUACCACUUCCGAUGCCACAAUGAAUGUAAGCGAAUCCACAUCUUCAGAAAAUACAUCUAAACCCGAAGUCUGCACCGCAGUUACAUCUGCAUCUGUGGGUUCUAAUCCAACCUGUCAUUGCAACGGCCACACCCUCCGUGUUUUUGAAGGCCGUGGUGCCACGGACCCGGCCAGGAGGCCGAAGCGCGUGGUCCUGAGCUCACUCUAUGAUCGUCGAGAUAUCGUCGUCGGUGUCGAAGGAUUACGGGCAUACAAGCUAAACUAUGAUCUACAAUCGCACUUCGACAGUCAACCAGACCAUGCUCCCACCUCAACCAACGCGCAUGCUGCAGGCGCGCCUUUCGGCCAGUUCCAGCAUUGCGUUUGGGUGGUGCCACGUACCCUGCCGUUCAGCGAGGUCCCGCAUGAUGUGCUGUCAGUAGGUAAGACCGGCAGCCAGUGGUUCUUCGAGCCCCAGCGUUGUUUGGUGAUGCUUCCGUACAGCAGGAGUAUAGACGUGUUGCAGGAGGCGCCGCGCGUUGUGUCAUUCUUGCAUCCCGAGUUGAACUACAUGGCGCUCUGCGCCGGUAUUUGGAGCGUAAGGGGUGCAGGUCGCACCUUAGGCGAAGUUACCCACACGCAAGCUGAAUCGGGUAAUACAACAGAAGCGCCAACCGGGCGUGCCGAACCCAUUUCUCUGACGCGUAGUCAAAAGGCUGCUACACGGGAGCUUACUGUAAACGAUAUCGUGAACGAGGCGUGCUCAGGAGUGGUGCGUUGCCAUCUCUCCCUUGUGCGGCGUCUGUUCGGCUGCACAACGGUCAUAAGCUUGUGGAUUGCUUUGGAGGGUAUGGAUUUGGAUAACGUAUCUAAGGAUAAUCUGACACUGUCCAUCAUCAUUCCCCCCAAGCCGACAUGCUCCUCGUGUGGCGGAGCUGUAUAUGCUCGAGACGACAUAAUGAAGAUACUACCCGAGAACCCGCCUCUGCUUUUGACGCAAUUAAACAGUAAUAAUGCCGCUAGUGACGUAGGUGCUGAAACAACCGGAGCCACAGUUGCUUCACCAGAUCGUGCAACUGAGGAAACCGUGAAAGCGUCCGGAGCAUCGAUGGGUGAAGGAUCUGCCACAUCAAGCGCAGCUACCAAUACAAAUGCAGCUUCCAAUAAAGGCUCAGGCACAACAACCCCGAAUUCACUGCGUAGCGUUGAAGAGCUGCCAUCAGUGCCUGCCACUGAAACACAACCAGGCCCGACCAGCGGUACGCCCACUCGAGUUGCUGGUCGACCCGUAAUCACUGGGCCAGCUGCACGGCCUGAUGCGGCUCUUAACAUGCGUGAAAUGCCUAUAUUCAACGACCUCGAGACUACGGAAGAGGUUAUUCGGCGAUUCCAGAGCCUGGCGAGUGGCCGUUGGCGUUUGACACGCGAAUGCCUUGCGUCAUACACAGUCGACGACGAUGUGCUACCAGCGCCGGUGAGGAACCAGCAGCAUGCCUUCACAAACCCUGCAUCGCGUUUGUACGGCGGCAAGAGUGAAUUCAUCAACAAGUUGGCGCUGUUUCUCUCUUCUGCCCGGCGUGCACGUGAGACGAAAAUCGACAACGAACUAUAUCGAGGCGCAUACUCCGCUGCUCGCGAGCAUUUCAAUCCGCGUAGCGUAGAGUCAGUGUUAUUGCGCGGUUGGGGAGCGUUUAUAUUGGGGCAAAGCGCCAACCUCGCGGCGAACAAGGCACAGUCUGCAGCUCGCGGGUCAGCCACCCCCGGAGGCCCGAAGAAUGUCAACGCAGCGCGCGCUGCCGGUGCUCCGGGACAGCAUCAUCCGCGAAUGGUGCCCAAUAUGGCCGACCCCAGGGUCGUUGCCGCCAUGGGUAAAUUGGAUCCGAUGUUAUUGAACGCCAUGCCCCCGGCAGACCGUGCGGAUGGGGGAAUUCCCGGCGCAUCGAACGCCGCACAGCGGCGCAAGCCGCGAGAGGAAAAACGAACAAGGCCUCCUAGGGGAGAAUCUCCGCAUGAGGAUGCCGCCCCAGCGCCCGUUUCCCAAGAUGCCGCUGACCGCAACAAGAAGCCGCGCCGAACAAACAAGUUGUCACGCAUGGCCGACAACGAGUACUGCGAGUUCACCGACAAGGAGAUUAGGUACAAGUUAGUGUCGGUGGUCAAGUGGGACGAGGAUUUGGAGCCUUCCGCAUUGGUGUCGGGGGCGCAGUAA